UUCCCACAAGAUGCACAGACCACAGCUGGUUCCUCUCUCUCUCUCUCUCUCCCCCCAUUCCUCUGCUUGUCUGGCCCAGCUGAUGAUGACAAGGGCCGCUACCGCGAGGCCAGGCAAGCAGCAGCCAGAGCUGGCGGAAAAAAGGUAAAUUCGUAGUCUAGAAGACGACUCGGAGGUACAGGAAGCCACUCCUUCUCCUGUUGACUGCUGUAAAGUUCACUUUCUCCAUAACAGUUCUUCCUCUCGGCAACCCCCACCCGCCAUCCUCCAAAAAAAAAAAAAAUAAAAUAAAAAAAUAAAUAAUACGACUUGAAUGAUCGUAAUUAUUGAUCGAAACUUCUGUUGUUCGCGAAAUUACGAUCCAAGGAGGAGGAUCCAAGGGCAGAAACCUCUUUUUGGAUUCGCUCCCGUUGCUCGUCUCAGCUGAAUCCUUGGGAAGGCCUUACUCUGAUUUGGUCGUCCCCAUCUCAUUGCUGCUUUCCCGAGAAAAUUCGCAGUUUGAGCCGUGGAAAUGUGAGAAAAGAGUAAGGAAAUUGGAAAUUUGAGUCUUGUAGUUUUCUUUAUUUGAGACCUGCGGAAGUGAAGACUUGGAAUUUCUUGUGCUAGAAAUUCCCUGAGGAUAUAGUAGUUGAGGGACCCAGGGGAAAACAGUUGGGAGAAGAGUUUUUGGUCCCCCCUUUUACUUCGACUUCGUUUUGGCUGAACAGGAGGGUAAGGCUCUCUGGAGAUCUGCUUUUUGGGUGAUUUUGUGAAUUUGGUUGGAGCACAAUGUUGGAACUUCUGAGGGUUUUGCUACCCUUACUGGUCUUUUAUGGAGCCGGAGAUGGUACACGCUCAUGCACUUGCUGGGGAUCAUGUGUUUUAUUGCAUUGAUCACUGGGAAUAAUAUCAGUGCAGAUGGAACUGUUUCUUGCAGUUUUGAUACUGGCUUGUUUGCAUUCUUCUGUGUUGUCUGAUUCACAAGGGGAUGCACUCAUUGCAUUGAGGAGUUCGUUGAAUGCUUUGCCCAAUCAGCUUUCAGAUUGGAAUCCGAAUCAAGUUAACCCAUGCACUUGGUCCAAUGUUAACUGUGAUGUUAAUUCUGUUGUUAUUUCAGUAACAUUGUCAUCCAUGGGCUUUUCUGGAAUAUUGUCACCAAAAAUAGGAAUUCUGAGGAAUCUUUCGACACUUAAUUUGCAAGGAAAUGGCAUUACUGGCGAGAUUCCAGAAGAAUUUGGAAAUUUGUCAAGUCUGACAACCUUGGACUUGGAAAAUAAUCGCUUAUCUGGUGAAAUACCUUCUUCCCUUGGUAAUCUGAAAAAGCUUCAAUUCUUGAUUUUGGGUCAUAACAAUCUGACUGGGACAAUUCCUGAAUCACUUACAAGUCUCCCAAACGUGAUCGAUCUUCAGCUUGCAUCGAAUAAUCUCAGCGGUCAAAUACCUGAGCAUCUAUUCCAAGUUCCCAAAUACAAUUUUAGCGGAAACAAUUUGAAUUGUGGGACCAAUUCUUCACACCUUUGUGCAUCUAUUGGUAGUGGUUCAGGUGCUUCACAUAAACCAAGCAUUCCACUGAUAGUCGGAAUUGUUGGAGGAUUGGUUGCUCUUCUUUUCUUUGGAUGGUUGCUGCUUUUUAUGUGGAAGGGAAGACGCAAAGGGUACAUGCGUGAAGUUUUUGUGGACGUUCCAGGUGAAGUUGAUCGUAGAAUUGCAUUUGGGCAGUUGAAAAGGUUUGCAUGGAGGGAGUUACAACUAGCCACAGACAAUUUCAGUGAGAAAAAUGUUCUUGGGCAGGGGGGUUUUGGAAAGGUUUACAAAGGAGUGCUUGCAGAUAAUACAAAAGUUGCUGUGAAACGAUUAACUGAUUAUGAAAGUCCUGGUGGAGAUGCAGCUUUUCAGCGUGAAGUUGAGAUGAUAAGUGUAGCUGUUCACAGGAAUCUGCUACGACUGAUUGGGUUUUGUACAACACCUACAGAGCGCCUUUUGGUGUAUCCGUUCAUGCAGAACUUAAGUGUUGCCUAUUGUCUACGAGAGGUUAAACCUGGGGAACCUGUUCUGGAUUGGGUUACAAGAAAACGAGUGGCCUUGGGUACGGCACGUGGACUGGAAUACCUUCAUGAACAUUGCAAUCCCAAGAUUAUCCAUCGGGAUGUUAAGGCUGCUAAUGUGUUAUUGGAUGAAGAUUUUGAGGCAGUUGUUGGUGACUUUGGCUUGGCAAAGUUAGUAGAUGUGAGGAAGACUAAUGUGACAACCCAAGUUCGUGGGACAAUGGGACACAUAGCACCUGAAUACUUGUCCACUGGGAAGUCAUCAGAAAGGACAGAUGUUUUUGGUUAUGGGAUAAUGCUUUUAGAGCUUGUAACUGGUCAAAGGGCGAUUGAUUUCUCACGCUUGGAAGAAGAAGAUGAUGUCUUACUGCUUGAUCAUGUUAAGAAGCUGGAAAGGGAGAAAAGACUAGAUGCUAUUGUGGAUCGCAACUUAAAUAAAAAUUAUGAUAUCCUGGAUGUUGAAAUGAUCAUUAAAGUUGCGCUGCUCUGUACGCAAGGAUCGCCAGAGGAUCGACCAGCAAUGUCAGAAGUGGUACGGAUGCUAGAGGGAGAGGGACUAAAUGAGCGGUGGGAAGAAUGGCAGCAUGUUGAAGUUACACGUAGGCAAGAGGACGAGAGGUUACAGAGAAGAUUCGACUGGGGAGAAGAUUCGAUUUAUAAUCAGGAUGCUAUCGAAUUGUCUGGUGGAAGAUGAGGUGUUGAACAAAUCCAAACCCCUUCCCCCUGCACUGAGAGCAUGUGUUUCCAUUUUUUCAUAGGUUAGCUUGAUGAUGCCUUUGGUGGAGCAUAUUUGUUUUCCCAGCUCCUACUCCUUUCCUCUUGUUAUCUCCUUGUUUUUAUUUUUUUUUUGUGUGCACAUGUUUAUUAAGAGACAUGAGAUGAUGUAUUUUGUAUGACAAAGCUUUUCAAUUUUGAUAUUGAGAUAUCUAAUGAUUGCUGCA